AUGUCAACUACGCGCUACUUCUAUCUCAAGCCAGAGGUUCUCUCCACCUCUGGGUUCUGCUACGGAGCUAGCGAUAGCUCGCCUGACGGAGACGCAACAGUGCACGUGCGGCGCCUAGCGAGUGGACGUUGGAUCGACCUCGCCGAGUUUGCAGCAGAGCUGCCUGGUUCGGCGGUUCGUCACCGUGAAGUGUCCGAGCAAGUGGCGUUAAGCGGCGUUGGGAGCUACGUUGGGAGCUCGAUGAGGUUGUGCGAAGGGAAGCCAACUCUCUCCGUGAUGCCAGCCGAGAUGCGCUCUAUUCACGAGGUAGCUUACAAGUUGUUCCACGGGCGAGGACGUUCGGCUGUGCGCGCGGUCACCACAAUCUGCAACAAGCUCGAGAUUGAGAAUGUGGACGAGUCAGGGGUCGUUCCAUUGUUCGACAUUUCCAGCAUGCAGGUGUCUCAAGUAUCGGCUAAAUAUGUGUUGGACUUCACAUUCUACCAUGGCGGACGGCGUAGGGUCCCUUCCUCAAUCAAGCUUGGCCAAUCAAUUUUCGAUGAGCCCAUUACACCGGACGCGCUGUCGGCGACGACUUCGCCGGCUGACGCGACCACGGAGGUGCCGGCAGCGGGCAGCAGCAACCCGCUUGAGUGGUCACGAGCAGCGGCCAGCGGCAACCAGCGUGGGCAACCGCAGGCAGCGGGCAGCAGGGAACACUGGGGAGCCUAGCCUACUCGAAGAAUCUGAUGAUGACAGCGACUCCAGCGCCAGCGAUGUACCACGGGCGGAUGUUACUUCUGCAGCACGAGAAACUGCCAAGCGAGCACGUGAAAACGAUCUCAUGGAUUUCGGUGUCCGUGCGCGGGCACGUCCUCG